ACAGGUGGUGGCGACAGUGCGUUGUAUCUUUGUUUACCAACCAGCGCCAAUAUUAGGAAAGAGAAGAAGAAAACCAACGAAGAAGAAACGAAAACCACCAUGCCGAAGAGGAAAGUAACAUUUGAGGACGGAGACGGGGAGAUAGAGCUGGAUGAAGAACUCCCAAACAAAAAGAUUUGUGAGGCUGUGAGUGGACCAGGCGCGAGGUUUAAGGGCAAACAUUCCCUUGAUAGUGAUGAAGAAGAUGAAGGGGAAGACACAAAAAGCAGCAACAAAUAUGAUAUUCUGGCCAGUGAUGACGUGGAGGGCCAAGAGGGAGCAACGAUCGACUUUGACGAGGGAGUUUCUAUUACACCUUUCAACCUGGAUGAGGAGAUGCAGGAAGGAUACUUUGACUCUGAGGGGAACUACUUCAUCAAAAAGGAAGAACAGAUUAGAGACAACUGGCUUGACAACAUUGACUGGGUGAGAAUAAAAGAACAACCGUUCAAACAAAAGAAGAAAGGUCUUGGAGCCAAACGGAAACGCAGAGUCGGGGAUGAGGAUGAAGCUGAGGAAGAGAAACAGAGAGAAGAGAAGCGGGCAGACCAAGCAAACAAUGAAGAAGAAGAAGAAGAGGAGGUGGAGAUGGAGCCUGCAGAGGACCCGCUGGCCUCCUUCACGCAGCACCAGCUCACUGAAGCUGUGGUCGAACUGAUGCUACCUGGGGAGACGGUUGCCAAAGCGCUCCGUCGGCUAGGAGGCCUUGGAGGACGGAAGAAGGGGAAGCUGAGGGAAGAGAGUGAACCCACAGAGGAGACCAAAAGGGAUACAGAAAAGCUUGACAGGCUCACAGCACUAGCUGACAGAUUGGUUGGAUCUGGGAUGUUUGAGAUCUAUCAGCAAACGUAUGAAAAACUGGCCUAUUUGAUGAAAAGCAUGAACAGCAAGCGACCAGCUGUGGGGAAAAACCCCAGUGGUGAUGAUGAAGAUGAAGAAGAAGAAGAACUUGACAUGUUUGCAGAUAAAUUUGACGAGAAGCAAACGGGAAAACCAGAGGACGAAGAAGACAAAAAAGUGAGUGAGGAAGUGAUGUGGGAGUACAAAUGGGAAAAUAAGGACGAUUCAGAGAUUUUCGGCCCCUUCACCAGUCAGCAGAUGCAGGGUUGGGUGGAUGAAGGCUAUUUCAGCACUGGUGUUUACUGCAAGAGGAUCGACCAGGAGAGUACUCAGUUCUACAACUCUAGGAGACUAGACUUUGAGCUGUAUACAUGAUUUCUGUCCAGCAGUAAAUAAUCACAACGAUCACGAUCACUCUCACGCGGUCCUGUUUUUGAAACGUUGAUGUUUCUUCGAUCUUUUCAUCUGGAGCUUUGGCGUCAAAUCCAUAAUUUUAACAGGGGCUUUGUUUUCUGUACAUUGUUUUUAAAUAAAUAACUGAUGUAUGUGGUGUUGCUAUCAA